AUGCUUUACCAUGUUAUUCGUCGACCUCCAAAUAAUAAUACAAAUUUUUCAAAUAAAUCUACAAGUAACCAUAAAAGUAGAUCACUGUUAAAAUUAAUGCCACGUUAUCAUUACUCAAGAAUAGCUCCACAUAGUGCCACAACUAGUUCAGAAUCAUUUUUUCCACGUCAAAAUUCAAAUUUAUACUCGUCAAAACCCACAGUUACAACGACGGCGACGAGCAAUAACAAUAAUUAUAAUUACUCGCCUGGGCUUUUUAAAUCAACAUUCAUUCCGCUUGUCACAAAUACUCGAACAAUGACACCACACAAGCGUGAAUUUAUUCAGAUUCCAAUAACAAGAGAGGAUGGAACAUCAACGACCAAUAAUUCUAUUCAUUCUAUACCAGUUACUUUUAUCAGUGAAACAACUGCACUAUCAUCUGCAACCAAUGAUAAUAGUAGCAAAACAAGUACUAAACCACAUUAUACUAAUCUUUUACGGCCUAGUUCAAGAUAUUAUCAGCAUCAUUCUAAUAAUAAUAGUGAAGAAUCAGAAACUACUGUGCCUCGUUUACCGUCUGUUUCACGUCGUUUUAAUCUAGCAAUACCAGUAAUGACAACAACAACAACAGCAGCAGCGGCAACAACAGCGGCAACAACAACAGCAGCAGCAGCAACAGCAACAGCAACAACAACAACAAAUGAUGAUGAUGAUGACAAUACUAUCAAACAAAAUAUAUCACCAUCUUCUACUCGUCGAAUUCCUAUUCGCUUUGCCCCAACACCAAAUGUUGCAUCCAUACCAACAAAUAGUUCUCGUAUAUCAAGUGCUAUUCUUCGUUCAUCACCAUUAUCAAAUCCAUUGAACAAUCAAUUACAACGUCAAAAAACGGAUUUAACCGAUACAACAUCAUCAUCUUCAGAUUUAAAUGGUAUAGUAUCGAAUACAUCACAUGUACGUCGAGCUGAAGUUAUGGCUCGUGAAGCAAUUCAAGGUAUUGUUCGUUUUCAACAACAACAACAACAACAAGCAAAUAGUUCCAUACCUGAAAACAAUAAUAAUACAUUAAUUCGAUCGCCUGCAUUAUCACGUCGUGUUAUUGUCAAUUUAAAAAAUAAUCAAUCGGUUUCACUUGAUAGUCGUUUAUUAUCAGCACAUACAUCAUCAACAAAAUCACCAUUAAUUUCUUCCUCUUCACGUCUAAUUCAACGAAAUAAUCUUUAUCAUAUACCUGUUUUACAUGAAUUUCAAAUGCCAUCGCAUCCAACAACAAUAGUAGAUGAAACUUCUCUUCAUUUAUCGCAUUCUCCUUCGACUAGUAAUAGUAAUAAUAACAAUUAUAAAAAUGAAUUUCAUAUGGAAAUUCCAGUUACAAUCAUUACUAGAAAUAAUCAGGAGAAUCGUUUACAACUAAAUGACGGACGAGAAGAUGGAAUAAUAAAUUACGAUCAAACGACGAUCGUUACCGAACGAAUUCCAUCUGCAAAUACAAAUUCGAAUCAAACGCUCAAGUCUAUUUUAAAACGAUCUUCAUCAAGAGAAACUGUUUCAAGAAAAAAUGUUAGUUUUAUGAAUGCUUGA